AUGCUCAUGGAACAGGUCCAGGCUCUCACCCAGCAAGCAGCCCAGGUAAGAUCCUCUAUAUAUAUCAUACCAGCAGAGGUACAGGGGCUGCAAGCACUCCCAGAAAGGGUGCAGGAAAACCUCUGGAGUGGUAGUAGCUCACGGGCAGUGGAGAAAAACCGUGGAGAUGUCGCUGAAGCGAUUACAGAACUUUCUUGCGAGAGCCACAACAUCAUAAAUGACGAAGUUUCCAAUAUUGAUCAAUUGAUAGUCGAAAUUUUGCAAUUUAACGACUACAACUACGAACAAAUGGCAGCUGAGCAGAACGAGUUCUACGCUCAGGCGCAACACGAUGAUAAGUGCAUGCGAGAAUUGGCGCGUUUGCUCCAGAGAGAACAGCCAAUGGAUGUGGACACUCCUAGUACGAGCAAUGUGGCUGACUUCAGAACGGCCAUGAUGCAGUUGCCAGGAUACAGAGAGAGGCCAACGACCGCAACGCCGAGGCAGAACAGCCAAGAUAGGAUUCCCAUUUCAUCUCAGUUUUUACCAGAGUUGAGUGUAGGGACAACUUUUGCGGCCAUGGCAUUACCGGACGUACCCAUUUUCUCCCAUCCACAAGGAAAAGGUUUCGAAACUUUUGUAACCUCAUUCCAUAUAAAAUAUGGUGGAUUAGGGUUACAGGAUAGCAUGUUGAUUCACCUUAUGUGCUCGAAGUUGCAAGGGUACCCAAAAUCAGUAAUGGAGACCCUGCCUCGAAGUGUUCGAGAGGGCACGUACGCCAACUUUAUCGAAGCCUUGCGAGUUAAAUUGAAAGAAAAUGAUUCGGCUCAACGUACAGAAGUAUACAUAAAGCUGAAGCAACUCAGGAAACUCCUCGGUAACAGACUACUGGAGGAAUUGACUCGCAGAGCAUAUCAAGAUGCGAGUGAAAAGGAGCUGUCGAUGAUACGUGCAGGAGAACUCAUAACACAGCUCACAGAAUGGAAGGAAAGAGAUUGCUGUAAAGCUCGGGAUAUGCGAAAUAAACAGCUUCAGACUGAGCAAAAGCUACCGGUAAAAAGUCAGGAGCAGGGCCAGAUACGGUCUUCCAUUAAUGACCAACGGAAAGACACCACAAGAACUCAAACAUUCACCACCACGUUGAAGCGUUGGAGUUGCAAAGAAAUUCAAGAUAGACCAUCGGCGUACAAUGAACUCUUUGGGAAGCAUACUGUCACGGAAGUCAAUCUGUUAGGCAUGUCAAAGCUUGCGUUACUGGAUACGGGAUCCCAAGUCAGUAUCAUGCCACUCAGAAUACUACUUGAGGCGCAAGAAGCAGGAUUCGAUAUGGACGAUAAUAUCGAAGAAAGCCCUGCGCCUAGGGAGAAGACAAUUUACGAUGCCUCAGGAAACCAGAUGGAAUUCAAAGGGGCAAUACGUUUGACAGCAGAACUGAAAAACGGACAACUACAUAAAGUGGCGAUGUUCGUCAGAAAAUCAGACGACGACAUGAUUGUGUUCGGAACCAACGCGCUGGAAAAGUUCAACAUGACACUAAAAGAAGAAAGCGAAUCCGUCAAAUCGACAUUUGGUCAGCUGCGACCACGGAAAGACCAACUUCCUCGUAAAAGCUCCUCAAAAGAACAGAAGAAGGCAAAGGCCGAUUACCGCAGCGCACGCUCAGCUGUGGUGGUUCAGCGAGUGUACAUCCCUCCCGGAGAAACAAAAGCGGUGGCAAUUUCUAUUGCAGAGACUAACACGGAUCAGAUCUUGUGGUCCAACUGUGAGGUUAUUCCGGAUACUGUUUGUAAUUAUGACAAAUCUGUUGUCGAAAUACCUGUUACUAACACGUUGAACCAAGCUAGACUAUUCCGUGUGGGAGAAAAAAGUCGACGUCGGGCCGCCCAGGAAGAUCCGCUGCAUCUCUUCCAUCCGUGCACAUGCAACAUCUUCCGCACCAAGGCACAGACGGCUCUACCGAGUUUGCGCUCAGAUCUAGCAAGAUCGAAGCCAGUCAAUAACAUGUUCGAGCUCGCAAACGUCGCAUCAAUCGUGCUCGAUCCGUUCUGGGGCGAUCGACGCAAGGGAGAAGAACUAGUUGCCAAGGAAUCGAAACAUCUCCUGCGAUUGCCGCUCAUCGAUCUAGCUUUUAUGCCUCGCAAACGUCGCAUCAAUCGUGCUCGAUCCGUUCUGGGGCGAUCGACGCAAGGGAGAAGAACUAGUUGCCAAGGAAUCGAAACAUCUCCUGCGAUUGCCGCUCAUCGAUCUAGCUUUUAUGCGUUCAAAACAGCGCUCAGGAACGCCCAAGGGAAGCGCAUAGUCCAUCCGCCGUUGUUCCCGGCGUUCCCAGGAUAUCACAUAGACUCGUACUACGCACAGGCACUCGAACGUCUGGAUCAGAUUACGAAGGAUUACGACGACUCGCCUGCUAAUCCGACGAUUGUUGCUCUACCGCUUUCGUUCAUCCGAGCGGAGAAGGAUCUCGAGGAAGACGACAAAGUGAGCAUUGAGGUGUAUUUCGCAGCUGAAUGCACGCUGGAUCUCCGCGGCUAUCGCUGCGGAGGAACGCUAGACAUGUACCCUCCACCAUACGAGGAGCGACGAUGCGAGAUGUGGCACGCAGUCAAGAGGCUUUGUGCCGAGGUUGUGGAGGUGCUCACUGGACCCGCCCGCGGUUUCGACGCAAGGGUGGUUGAUGCGUAUGGAACGAUCGACCAGAUGGUAUCCCUCGGACACCCCGCCACGAGCCUGGGGGUGAGCCCAAGACGAGGUGACGACAGGUUCCACCCAUGGCAGAUAACCGUGUUCCUCAACCAGGUGCGGAAAUUUGCCAUGAGCACGCUGUCGCUGCCGAUCUUUUUUGCCGCUAAGAAGAACAAACGAGACGCCGCCGCCGACGAUGCAACGACCAGCCACGACACGACGACCAAGGACGAGCCGCAGAAGAAGAAAGCCAAGAUUUUGAAGCCGCACGUGAUGUAUAUUCGCGACGCGAAGGAAGAAAGAAACCGACAAGCACCUUACAUGAAGCAGAAAAGACACAAGAAGAUGAAGUGA